AUGAAGGCCGCUGAGCCUGUAAAUGUGGUCGGAGAACUAGUGUGGCAUGCACAUUGGGGUGAAUUUCGCGAUGUGUAUUACCUCCUUCGAUCUCGGCAGAUCUGGAACGUCUGCUGGGAGAACUUGACAAAAAAAAAGAAAAUUGUCGUGUUUGCAGGUGCAGGAAUGUCGGUGUCCGCUGGAAUUCCUGACUUUCGAUCUUUCAAGGGAGUUUUUAAAACUCCCUUCGGUUCUGACAUUUUCAAUCGUACUAUAUACAAUACCGACGAAGGUACGGCUGCGUUCUAUUCAACGAUUACGGAUCUCUAUGCGCUUUGUAAAGAUGCCAAACCGACCGCAUUCCAUCGCUUGCUAGCCAAGUUGGCCGAGGAAAAACGCCUUCUGCGCCUGUACACGCAGAAUAUCGACGCUAUCGAAAGAUUGCUACCCCCUUUGUGGCCUAUUACCGUCCAAUUACACGGCAACAUUCUAAAAAUGGGUUGCACGAAGUGUAGCGCAAUCUUGGAUUUCAAUCCAACCGUCUUUGAAAGCACGUCUCCAGUCCCGUGCCCUCAGUGUAGUAAAGUACAAGAAAGUCGGGUUAUAAACAAAAAGCGUCCCCUGCUCUAUAACGACGACAACCCGGACGAAGAGAAGAUCAAAGCGGCGCUGAAAAUCGAUUUAAACCAGCGACCGGAUGCCCUUUUUGUCGCCGGCACAACAUUAACAAUCCCGUCCGUCAUCGAAUACACACGGGUAAUGGAACAAGCUAUUCAUAGAAAUAAAAAAGGGCUCACCGUAUGGUUUAACAAAGACAUAGCACCUCCCAAUUGUGGCGUUGAAUGGGAUCGAGAUGUGCGCAUGGCAUGCGAUGAUAUCGCCAAUAUAAUGCUUUAG